UUGUUGAAUCCGCUCGGAUAAACACCGGCAUUCGGAAUAUCCAAUAAACAGUGAAUACAAUCCAAUGAGACGUCCCUUGUCACUGCGAAGAAUAAUCCCGAGAAUUUCCUCGAAACAACGAGUCCCAAUCAAACGAGGCGGUGUCCAACGACAAGGUCCACUGGCGUCUCUGGUGGUUGGUAUUGGUGGUGAACGUGAAGUGGUGGAGCAUCAACGACUGGGAAUACCACAGGAAUUACUAAGGAGCUUGGGUGACCAGUGUUGGCUAUCAAAUAAAUUUUCAAACAUGGUGGAGACCAGUGGUCCACCUUUGGCGGGUCAGCCGGUUGACCGACAGACGCAAUUUGGCAAUGCCAGGCGUUUCGAGCCGUCAGACUGCAUUUUUGUAUUCAAGGAUACGGAGUCGGAUUAUGAGGAACCACCGAGUGGCGAUGAGGUUGAUCUGAAGCCACUGAGAGAGCCCGCAAUAGCCGUCUCAUCCCCCAAAAUCUCGGAGAAGCGAAAAGCAGAGGAGGCGGACGCCAGCAAGGAUCUAAAGAAGGCAAAAUUGGAAACGAAAGCGCUGAAAGCGAAGAGACCCGGAUUCACAGACGAGCGGUACAACGAGACCAGCUAUUACGUGGAGAAUGGCCUCCGAAAAGUGUACCCCUACUACUUCACCUUCACGACCUUUACCAAGGGUCGUUGGGUGGGUGAGAAGAUCCUCGAGGUGUUUGCCCGUGAAUUUCGUGCCCAUCCGGCCGAGGAGUACGAGAGAUGCAUCCGCGCUGGCACUCUCACGGUCAAUUACCAGAAGGUCGACGUUGACUACAGAUUGCGGCACAACGAUCUCCUCGCCAACGUCGUUCACAGACACGAGGUGCCAGUCACCUCGGAGCCGAUCACGGUGAUACACAUGGACGAGGACGUCGUCGUGGUCAACAAGCCCGCCUCCAUCCCUGUCCAUCCGUGCGGUCGUUAUCGGCACAAUACUGUCGUUUUUAUUCUGGCUAAAGAGUACAAUCUGAAGAAUCUGAGGACAAUCCACAGGCUGGACAGGUUGACCAGUGGUAUUUUAUUGUUCGGUAGGACACCGAAGAAGGCUAGACAGAUGGAGCAUCAAAUCAGAAAUAGACAGGUGCACAAGCAGUACGUCUGCCGCGUGGAAGGGGCCUUCCCAGAGGAAGAGGUGGUCUGUUCCGAAGCGAUAGAAGUGGUCUCCUACAAGAUCGGCGUCUGCAAGGUCUCGGACAAAGGGAAGGACUGCAUCACUCGUUUCAAGCGUUUAUCCUACAGCGGCAAGUCCUCCGUGGUCCUCUGCAAGCCGCAGACCGGCAGGAUGCACCAGAUCCGUGUGCACCUGCAGUACCUGGGCUACCCCGUGGUGAACGAUCCCCUGUACAACCACACAGUCUUCGGCCCGGAGAAGGGCAAAGGCGGCAACAUCGGCAAGACCGACGAGGAGCUCGUCAAGGACCUCAUCGGCAUCCACAACGCCGAGAACUGGCUGGGGAUGGACGGCGACUCCGAGAUGAGCCUCUUCAAGCCGAAACUGGACAUGGAGGAUCGCGUCUCGAAUUCCAGCGGUGACAAGGACAGCAAUGGCUCUCCAUCAUCCACCCCAGGGUGUUCACCCGACGACGAACAGUCCCAACAGCCACUUCCACCAGCCCUCAAGGUCACCGUUGGCACACAAACCGGGAGUGAACCGCCAGACUCGAGUUUCACUAACGAAAAAGUCACGGUCGAUCCUCACUGCUACGAGUGCAAAGUUAAAUAUCGUGAUCCAAAACCAUCGGACCUCGUUAUGUAUCUGCAUGCGUGGCGUUAUUGUGGCCCUGGAUGGGAGUACGAAACACCUCUGCCAGCGUGGGCUGCCAGUGACUGGAGUGGUGGGGAUGAUCGAUAGUCAGGGGAUUCUAUUGUUUAUCAGUCAUUGUUCAUUUUUACGUGUUUUACGAGGAGCCAUAUCUACGAGAAGACGCAGACCCUUUUUUUGAUAUCCUACCCCGUGCCUUCCAUCCGUUUGCGAGCGGUACUUCGAGACUUGGGU